UUCCGAUCGUGACUUUCUGGCAACAUAAUUUUCCUAUUUAUACGCUGCGCAUUGUGAAGAAAAGGAAUUUUCAUUUUCAUUUUUAAUAAGAAACGAUGAAAACUCUCACUGCAUUCAACGACUUAAAUGACGAUUGUCUGUUGGAAAUAUUCAAAUAUUUAUCGGCCGAAGAUCUGUGUGCAUUGAAACGGACGAAUCAAAGAUUGCACCAGUUGACGAAUUAUUACUUUCACACUGUUUAUGAAGUGAAAGAGCGAGAGGUUGUAAUUGAAGGCACUGAUGGUUGUAAAUUACGCGACAUAUUAGAGAACGUCGGACGUUUCGUUCGAAAUUUGGUCAUCGAUUCACCGCGCCGUUACAGUGAUAUGAAUGAUUUAAAUGAGCAGUGUGAUAGGGUGGACGACAGUACGUACAUUGGUGAAUUAAUCGGACGCCUUUGUAGUGAUAAAUUGAAAAUAUUACGUUUGCAUAGCGUGUACUUGUCUGGAUUCCGUUCCACACAGUAUGGAGUACUCAAAAAUCUGAACAAAAUCGAAAUGGUUCGAUGUUGCGGGAAUGUCGACGAAUUACUCAGCCAUUGCCAGAACGUCACUACCUUGGUUCAACGAAAUUGUGGCUUUCUCAACAGAUCCGACCAACACUAUCUUCUGGUCAAUGAGAACGCUCCCCUCGAAAGUCUAUUCAUUCAGAACGACUACCAGAGCGACCUCGAACCGGAAGUGUUGAUCAAUUUCUUUCAAAACAAACGAAACAUCAAACGAUUCAAAUAUCUGAAUCGUGUGUCACCAGCUCCGACAUUCCUUUUGCCAAUAUUCGUUGAAUCGAUCAGCACCAUUGAAGAAUUGUGCAUUGAAUUGGACACAUUUUCGCAGACAUUCUCAUCUGACCUGGAAUCGUUAUUGCGACUGAAACAUCUGAAACGAUUGGAAUUCAAUACGGACGAAAUUUCAAUUGAAUCGUUUGUAAAUGAUCUGGCGAAUAAGAAUAGUCUCGAAUGCUUUGGUGCGUCCGACAUUUGUCUGAAUGUGACUCUGUGCAAUUCGAUGAUGCGGUUGACAAAUUUGAAGAUACUGAAGCUAAUUGCGCCGCUUCGAUUAUUUGAGGAUUUUUUCAAAAUUCUUUCGAAUCAACUCACACGCCUGGAAGAGAUUUAUCUGGUGCAAUGUGAGGACAUUUAUUUCGGCGAUUUGAUGGCGUUCGUUGAACAUUUGUACAGAUUGAAGAUUCUCUAUUUGUACGAAAAUGACUACGUGAAUUGGAAUGAAAAUGACGGAUACAAUCAGUUCACGAUUGACUUUGUGCAGCUCUAUAAAAUUCGCUCGAACAUGACUAAUGCCACUUCGAUACACGUUUAUUUCGACAGCACUAUGAUGCGACUCAUCGAGGAGAAUAUUUGGCCGCACGAGUACGAAUGGUGUUCGAAAAACCAGGUCGUUCGUUUGGGUUUGGCUGACGAGGAAAUUGUUAACAUCCUUCCGGGUUUCAAUCCGAAACGGAAUGAUGAAACCUAACUUUGUACGAACUUUGUGUUGACAACAGAAAACAGAUUGUAUGUUGAAGCAAAGCACCUAGCAGGGUAAUAGAGGUUUUUA